AUGACAGACAAGAACGCCCGUUUUGAAGAAGCCGUCGAGGCAAUGACCAAGCCAGAAAAUUGCUUUGACGUGACCAUCAUUUGUACCACGGACGACUACCAAGCCGAGUUUUGGAUGACCAAACUCAGUGCUGGACUGAGUAAAGAAGGACAGAAGUUUCCAAUGGUCAUUGCUGUUUCCGAAGAUUGGGGUGCCAGUGGAGCUGGUAACGGAUUGGGAACUCUGUAUGCCUGGCAAAAGGCGGUCAAGCUUGCCAAGACCAAAUUUGAUGUCGAUUUGGAGGCAUUGAUGUUGGACAGCACCGUCAGUGCGGCACUUUUUCACACUGCUGGAAAGGGAACUCGUAUGGCACCAUUGCCUGCCAGUGAAAACAAUAACAAGCCUGGAGUGAAACUUCCAUUCUUGUCCACUUCCACUGGCAAGGCCAUGACUGUCUUGGAGGCUGUCGUCCAACAAUCCGGCAUUUAUGCGCCUUCUCGCAAGGGGCGUUUGUCCGUCUUUUGGGGAGACCAAGUCUUUUUGCCAUCCGUGUCCUUUCAGUACACUCCCACGCAUCACAUUGAUAUCAUGUGCACCUUGUUGGGAGAUACAGCGCCUACCCCUGAAGAGUGGACUUCCCAAGGAUUGGACAAGUAUGGUGUCAUUGCCGUUUUGGAAGGAGACAAGGCCGAAGCGGCUCAAGUCGAAAAGGUCGACCACGCUACAGCCACUCGCAUGUUGGGACAAUUGGGAACCAUCAAACAGGUUGGGCCUAGUUUGGGUAGUUUCUCUGUUUCGGCCAAGAUCUUGAAGGCCAUGUUGGACGAAUAUUCCACUGAAUUGACCGAAAAGACAGCCAAGUUGGAUACAGAUCCCCACUUUUGGAUGCCGCUCACAUUGAGCGAGGCCGACUACAUUUACUUGAUGAACCAAAAGGGUAUUGAAGAGGGAGAAUCCAAGAGCCAUUAUGCACGCAUGAAGGUCUUUAAGGAAAAGUUUGAUUGUGGAGACAUGGGACUCUUUGGGGCAGUCGAUGUCGGUAAGGAUGCCUGCUGGUGGGAUUAUGGUCAACUCCAGUUGUACAGCAAGAACACUUCUUUGUUGCUAGAAGAUUCCAACCCCGAAUGCGUAUUGUUGCGCAAAUUUUUGGGCUUGACCGACGGCCCCACCUUUGGCAAGAUUGAGGAUGCCGAUUUUGUUCACUCCUUUUGCUUCAACAGCAAGAUUGCUUCGGGCAACGUCAAGGAUUCCAUUGUUUGUCAAGUGGCUACCAAGGAAUUGAAUGCCGAUGGAGCCAUUUUGGUCAAUUGCGUAGCUCCCCGUAUUACUGCCGGAAAGGGAUGCAUCUUGUAUAAUGUCAUGUCCGAGGAAGAAAUCAUUGCCCCAGAUGGACAAGUUAUGGUUGCCGUCACGGCCGAAAGUGGAGAGUCUUUUCUCCUGAAAAGUAAGGUUCAUAUUGAUGGAGGUAAAGCAUGGAAAAACGUUGUCGAAGGCAAUGCUAGCAGUUUUGAACAAGUGUGGAAGAACAACAAGAUGGCCAACAUUUCCAAAAUUGACGAAGAGCGAACGCAAAAGUUCAACGCAUUGUCCGACAAAUUGUAA